AUGGCAUCAUACAUUCGUACAAUACUUGGUAAAUUAUUUGGUAAAUCCGAAUAUCGAACAUUAAUUAUGGGCCUUGAUUCGGCUGGUAAAACAAGUAUUCUUUAUAGAUUAAAAUUGAAUGAACAUGUUACGACAAUUCCUACAAUUGGUUUCAAUGUAGAAUCAGUCAUAUUUAACAAAGCUUCGAUGACAAUGUGGGACCUUGGAGGACGUGAUAAAAUUCGUCCUUUAUGGCGACAUUAUUUUUAUGGUACACAAGGACUUAUUUUUGUUAUUGAUUCGCACGAUGUCGAACGAUUGAAUGAGUCGAAAGAUGAUAUGGAUCGUAUGCUAGGAGAAGAUGAAUUGAGAGACAUACCUUUAUUAAUCUAUUUGAAUAAAAUUGAUUUACCGAAUGGAUUAAAACAAGAAUAUGCUAUCAAAGAAAUGAAAUUAAAUGAUAUUAGAAAUCGUCAGUGGUACGUACAAUCAUGUUCUGCUUACACAGGUGAUGGUGUACACGAAGGUUUAGACUGGCUAAUGCGUGCAAUGAAAUCUCACCUCUCUUCUCAAUCAACAACUUCUACAGCUGUAAACAAUGUCAAUAAUGAUACAAAUGAAGAAUUUGCUGAAAAAUUUGUCGAACAUGAUUUAUUAAGUGAAACAUUUGAUCAUCGUACAUUAAUUAGAAUUAUUUGGUGUUAUUUAAAGAUAUUUGGUCGAAAAGAAACAAUUAAAUCAGUAUUUGAUAAUAUGAAUUUUUAUCUUAAAAAUGUAAAUGAAACAUUAAUUUAUUUUUGGAUUCAAAUUGUUCAUUAUGCUUGUGAAGCAACAAAAAAUCCAACAAAUGAUUUCUCAGGAUUUUUAUUAAUGAAUCCACAAAUUCUAAAUGAAAUUGAUUUACCAUUGACUUAUUAUAAAAAAGAUACAUUAUUCAGUAAUCAAGCUAAAACAGCAGUUGUCUUACCAGAUAUUAAACCAUUACCAAGUAUCAUACCUUCAUCAAGUUCUACUAAUAAUAAGAUAAAGACACAAUCUCUUCGUGAAUUUGAUGAUGAUGAAUUAUUAAAAGAAUUUGAAUCAUGUACAUUGACAUGUUGGUCUCAUAAAAUUCAUUUACAUAUAACAUGGCUUUAUUUAACACGUGAUGGUCGUCGGAUUGGUGUUAAUAAAAUAUUUGAUAAUAUGAAAAAUUUUCUUCAAUCUAAUCAAAUAUCACAAAUGAUUAAAUUUCAUUUUACAUUGACUUAUUUUUGGAUUCAAAUGGUUGAUUUAACUAUUGCACAAAAUAAUUCAAACGAUCUAAAUUUUAAAGAAUUUAUUGAGAAAAAUCCACAUCUAUUGAAUGAAAAUUUAUUCUUAGAUUAUUAUAAGAAAAAAACAAUAUUAGAUAAUCCAAUUGCACAAGAACAAAUGGUUUUACCUGAUAUUAAACAUUUACCAACAUUGGUUACAUCUAAUAACAAAAAAUAA